AUGUCGACUCUACUGCGGAGGGUUAAGUCCACCAUUACCAGUUUUGACCCUUCUCAAAAUAAUCAACCUCAACGUGCAUUGGAUGCAGUCGAUCAACCAGGCAAGCCAGCAAAGCGACACCGCCUGCGAAAACACCACGACUCCAACCCGAACCUGCUUGACUUGGGUCCCAAUAAGCGCAACUUCACAUUUCGCCAAACCCAACAUCCUCCAGAACACGGGACUCUCGCCGAGUUUCGACGUCGACUUGCGCGAAAAGCCUCGACCUUCAGUUUGAGAACUAGACAUCGUCAGGGAGAGCGUGAGCAGGACGAGCUGGUCAAGGAAGAAGAGAGGUUCAGAGAAUCGGUACUAGUGGGAAGCGAAAAGGGAAGCCCUACGAGUAAGUCGCAGGAACAACCAGACAGCGCGCCGCGAGAGACCAGACUCCCAGGCGAAGAGAAAGCGUGCAGGCCUGCAGGGGACGGGCCAGACGAGCAGCCAUACACGAGAGAGUCCUCUGUGACAACAGUUGCCCCUUGCGACCCAGCUUCCACACUCUCUGUCAAAGAACAUCCGUCGCUUUUCAAAGCAGACUCACACUCUACACACGACAUUUCCACUGCGUCGCACAAUCUGCUCCGCAAAACCCAAUCUACAUACAUCACCAAAUACGUGGCAGGAGGAAAGAUCGCUGUUAAGAAAAUGGCAUCGGAUCAAGCACCCCCUCCCGUGCCCUACACCCGUCUCAAGGAGAUCACAGAGAACGCAUGCGAAGCCGCCCUUUCAGGGGCAACGUCUUACUCGCACUCAGAAACUGAAGGUUGGAACACGAUGAUCAUCAACAGCAUCCUGGGGGCUCUCGUGGAAGAGACAACGGUAAAGCCCGCUCCUGGAUCAUCGACGACCAGCCAACCACAAUACAAAUACGUGGUGAACAGCACAAUCAUCCAGCACGCGGCCCCCUCUCCGGCCUCGACCGGCGACGACACAAAGAAAACGAGUGGUCGUCGAGGCAUGCACGCGGCAAGUGGAGCCUACUGGAACAACGAAAAGGAUGGUAUGUGGAGCUUCAAGUACCCUGGUGCCGAUAGCAAAGGCUUGGAUGUGGUCGUCGGCAUUAUCUGGGUCUGGGUCGGGUGA